GUAAACGCACAGAGACCAAAAAGGCAAAACCCCGAUCCUCUCCUCUCCUCUCCUCUCCUCUCUCUCUCUCUCUCUCUCUCUCUCUCUCUCUCUCUCGGUGACGAACAACAGCACACGAACGAAGCUUCAUUCUCCGGAAUCCAGAUCUGGUAAGUUUAUCGAGAUCAGUGGGCUAUGGAAUCUCGAGGAAAACGAGGAAGAAGAACACCUCUGUCGGUGGUCGCCGCGGUGUUCUUCCUGCUCUUCAUCCAUAGUGCUCGGUCGUUUUACCUUCCCGGUGUUGCUCCUGAAGACUUUGAGAAGGGAGAUGAGCUGAAGGUGAAGGUUAAUAAAUUGACCUCGAUAAAGACACAGCUUCCUUAUUCCUAUUAUUCUCUUCCCUUUUGCCGGCCCAAAAAAAUAGUGGACAGUGCUGAGAAUCUCGGGGAAGUGCUUCGAGGCGACCGCAUUGAAAAUUCUCCUUAUGUGUUUAAAAUGCGAGAAGCUCAAAUGUGCAACGUGCUUUGCCGGAUCACACUUGAUGCCAAAACCGCUAAAGAGUUUAAAGAGAAGAUUGCAGAUGAAUAUCGUGUAAACAUGAUCUUAGAUAAUCUCCCUCUUGUUGUUCCGCUUCAGAGAGCUGAUCCAGGAGCUCCUCCUGUUUAUCAGCUCGGCUAUCAUGUUGGGCUUAAAGGCCAAUACACAGGGACCAAGGAAGAGAAGCAUUUCAUCCACAACCACUUGGCUUUCACUGUCAGAUACCACAGGGACAUGCAAACUGAUUCGGCAAGAAUUGUUGGGUUUGAGGUUAAACCUUACAGUGUUAAGCAUGAAUACGAAGGGAAAUGGAAAGAGAACACCCGCUUGACAACUUGUGACCCACAUACAAAGCGCACAAUUACCAAUUCCAAUGCUCCUCAAGAAGUCGAUGAUAAGAAGGAGAUCAUAUUCACCUACGACGUAGAUUUUCAGGAGAGUGAUGUGAAAUGGGCAUCCAGAUGGGACGCUUACCUUCUGAUGAGUGAUGAUCAAAUCCACUGGUUCUCGAUCGUGAACUCCUUGAUGAUUGUCCUCUUCCUCUCCGGAAUGGUGGCGAUGAUAAUGCUACGCACACUUUACCGGGACAUUUCCAAGUACAAUGAGCUCGAGACCCAAGAAGAAGCUCAGGAAGAGACGGGAUGGAAGCUCGUACAUGGCGAUGUCUUCAGGCCACCAUCCAACUCGGAUCUUCUCUGUGUCUAUGUCGGGACAGGAGUCCAGUUUUUCGGGAUGAUCCUCGUCACGAUGAUCUUCGCCAUUCUAGGGUUUCUCUCCCCAUCAAAUCGAGGUGGUCUAAUGACAGCCAUGCUCUUGCUUUGGGUCUUCAUGGGUAUUUUCGCUGGUUAUGCUUCUGCCCGCCUCUACAAGAUGUUUAAAGGAACUGAAUGGAAGCGAAUCGCCUUUAGGACGGCAGUAAUAUUCCCGGGUGUUGUCUCCAUCAUCUUCUUUGUCUUGAACGCUCUUAUCUGGGGCCAGAAAUCAUCCGGGGCUGUACCCUUUGGAACAAUGUUCGCCCUCAUUGUCCUCUGGUUUGGUAUCUCAGUCCCUCUCGUGUUUGUCGGAAGCUACCUCGGGUUCAGGAAACCUGCGAUUGAGGAGCCAGUAAAGACGAACAAGAUCCCGAGACAGAUCCCGGAACAAGCGUGGUACAUGAACCCGAUUUUCUCGAUCAUGAUUGGUGGGAUCUUACCGUUCGGUGCCGUGUUCAUCGAACUUUUCUUCAUCCUGACCUCGAUAUGGCUAAACCAAUUCUACUACAUCUUCGGGUUCCUCUUCCUCGUGUUCGUCAUCCUGAUUGUAACCUGUGCCGAAAUCGCCGUUGUCCUCUGCUACUUCCAACUCUGUAGCGAAGACUACCUAUGGUGGUGGAGAUCGUACCUAACAGCCGGCUCCUCGGCGCUGUAUCUGUUUGUGUACGCGGCGUUCUACUUCUUCACAAAGCUCGAAAUCACGAAAUUCGUGUCGGGAUUGCUCUAUUUUGGCUAUAUGCUCAUCGCGUCUUACGGUUUUUUCGUACUGACGGGGACGAUCGGGUUUUACGCUUGCUUUUGGUUCACCAGGCUUAUCUACUCCUCCGUCAAGAUCGACUGAGAUUUUAGCAUAACGUACCAAGGCUUUUCAAGGUAUUUUAUAAAGCAUUAUGGUUUUUAGUUGUAAGAUUUUUUGUUUUUGUUAUAUUGACGCAUUCUUCUUUUUUUGGAACUCCGCGGGUCUACACUUUUACGUUGAUGCUACAUUUUUAAGUCUUA